AGGCAUUAGGGUGACCUCUGUGCCAGGAUCUGUUGCCUAAGGAAUCCCAGUCAGUGCGCUUCGUACCGGACCCGCUGAUCCACAAGGUGCCGCUCACAGUGUAAGGGAGGGAGCUGUCAGCAUGGUGAGCGAGACGGAGAGCCAGGCAGCGGGGCUCUCACUGGCCGGAGAGGACAAUGCUGGUCAGGCAGUGACUAACUGUGGAGAAGGUGUUAGUCAUGCAAGUAAUGGGAAGUUGUAUAAUGCAGUGACAGCCACAGAUGAUAAUAAAGACACCAGUACCCAGGAAAUGUUUGAUGUGAAAAUCCAACUGCCUAGUGGAGAACUUGUUGAUAUACAAGUGUCCUCUAAAGAGCUCGUCCAGGAGAUUAUUCAAGUGUUAAUGGAACAUGAAGAUUCUUGUCACCGAACAUGCUUUUCGUUGCAGUUUGAGGGGAACGUUCUAGACAAUUUCUCUGAGCUGAAGUCUGUGGAGGGGUUAAAGGAAGGGUCUGUUCUAAAAGUUGUGGAGGAGCCCUACACAAUUAGAGAAGCCCGGAUUCAUAUCAGGCAUUUUAGGGACCUGCUGAAGAGUUUGGAUCUUACUGAUGCUUACAAUGGGGUAGACUGCAGCUCCUUGUCCUUCCUGAACAUUAUCUCUGAGGGAGACAUUGGAGAUUCUCUUUGCCAUGAAAGCAAUGGUAAAAAGAAAAAACGCUCACCAGCUGACCAGGGGCUUGAAGCAAUUGAUUGUUCUCCUCCAGAAUAUAUACUUCCAGGAAGCACUGAGCGCCCCCUGCAGCCUCUCCAGCCCAUUAGCGGUGAUAAUAAGCCUUUACAGUGCCUUAAAUCCAUGAUAAUGAGUGGGUGGAAUCCUCCUCCUGGAAAUCGUAAAAUGCAUGGGGAUCUUAUGUACUUAAAUGUCAUAACAAUGGAAGACCAUCACAUCAACAUCACAGCUUCUAAUAGAGGAUUCUACAUCAACCAGUCAACAGCAGAAUUGUUUAACCCCAAACCAGCUACCCCAAGUCAUCUGAGUCACAGUCUUGUGGAACUAUUAAAUCAGGUCAGCCCUGCUUUUAAGAAGAACUUUUUUGCACUUCAAAAGAGGAGGAUCCAUAGGCACCCACUGGAGCGCAUAGCAACUCCCUAUCAAGUUUACAGCUGGGUGGCUCCAAGCACAAGUCAUAUCAUUGAUUGUGUGAGAGCAGAGGAUGCUUAUAACUCCCGUUUGGGCUAUGAGGAACACAUCCCCGGACAGACCAGAGACUGGAAUGAAGAAUUGCAGACCACAAGGGAACUUCCACAAGCUCUUCCCACAGAUCAGCAACUGAGACAAAGGGCCACCUUUAAGAUCAAUUCCGAUUUUGUGGGAGCAUCUACCAGAGGAGCCAUGGCAGUAAUUGAUGGUAAUGUUAUGGCAAUUAACCCCAGUGAGGAGACCAAAAUGCAGAUGUUUAUCUGGAAUAAUAUCUUCUUUAGCUUUGGCUUUGAUGUGAGGGACCAUUACAAGGACCUUGGUGGAGACCAUGCAGCACAUAUUGCAGCAAACCAUGACUUGAAAGGAGUACAGGCCUACAGUGAUCUAGAUAUUGAAGAACUUUAUGUCCUAGGAACUGUGGUUCUCGAUUACAGAGGAUACAGAGUCACUGCUCAGUCUAUAAUUCCUGGAAUUCUGGACCGUAAAGAAGACCAAAGUGUGGUAUAUGGUUCUAUUGACUUUGGGAAAACUGUUUCUUCCAGUGUGAAGUAUCUGACUUUGCUACAGAAAUCUUGUAAACCACUGAAAAUAAUGCGGCAUACAGUACUGAAUGAGAAGGAAGAGGAAGUGAUGCUUUGUUCCUCUGUGGAGUGCAAAGGAAUUGUGGGUAAUGAUGGACGACAUUAUAUACUGGAUCUUCUACGUACUUUUCCUCCUGACAUGAACUUCUUUCCUCUGAAAGAAGAGGAGGCAUUGAAAGAAGAAUGCAGCCAUUGCUUCCCCAAAUCUUACCGUCACAAGUUAUGCAAUCUCCGCCCUGAGUUAAUAGACUCUUUCUUUCAACACAAGUAUGCUCAGUUUAUGAAGCUGGUAAUGGAGAAGACAAAAGAUGGAGAUUCCCAGCAAAACAAUGGCAUUGCUCAUGAUGAAUCCCAGGAGAAUGAUGAGAAGAAGGAAGUGGAUAUUGUUCGGCAAGCAUGUCGAGAAGUUGGUUCCGUCCUCGAUUAUACCUUUGACAUCCGUUUUAACCCCGACAUCUGCUCAACAGUUGUAAGGUUUCCUGAGUCCCAGAAGGCAGUAAAUCAAUUGCAGAGACGACUGCUGAGUGAGGCUUCCACGUUUCUCCUGAAUGUACAGAUUCCUGCUUUUAUUAAAGGCUGUCUGACUCAUGUGUUUGUUCCCAUGGAUGGUAAAUCGCUCACUGAAGCACUACAUUCCCAUGGGAUCAAUAUUCGCUACCUUGGAACCAUUGCAGAAACGAUAGAUCAGGUGGAAGAACGGCAGCCUUUGGAUCAUGUUUAUAGAAUUGUAAUAAUGGAAAUAGUCACACGAUCAGCCAAGCAAAUUCUACGCCACUACCUUCAGGGAGUAGAAAUGUCAGCCUUGUCAGCAGCAGUAAGCCACUUCCUUAACUGCUUACUGAGCUCCUAUCCUAACCCGGUGGCUCACCUGCCUCCAGAUGAGUUGAUGUCUCGUAGGCGAAAGGGCAAGAAGAAGGUUCGCCCACUGGAAAAUGGAGACAGCAUUUGGACUAGUAUGAGUCCAGCUGACUUGUGGAAACAGAUCUGUGGAAAGGCCAGAGACAGCUAUGAUUUCACACUUCCACGUGAUUCAGUGGAUCAACUUGUUGAGAAGUUUAACCUCCAAAAAGUGACCCUCUUGCGGGAAUUCUGCAAAAAAACUGGAAUACAGGUUCUUCUACGUGAAUACAACUUUGAAAGUCGUCAUAAACCAGCACUGACAGAGGAAGACAUUUUGAAUAUUUUUCCAGUGGUUAAACACAUACAUAUUAAGGCCAAAGAAGCAAAUGAGCUGGUUAAUAAAGCCCAAAUCAGCAUAGAGCAAGGGUGCCUAAAGCAAGCUGCCAUCCUGUUAAAUGAAGCCUUGGUCCACUUUAAUAGCGUGUAUGGAGCCGUGCAUCCAGAGAUUGCUGUCUGUCUGCGUGUGCUCGCCAGGGUCAAGUUUCUUUUGGGAGACAUAGCAGAAGCACUGGAUAAUCAGCAGAAAGCUGUGAUAAUGACAGAGAGGACUAUGGGAUAUGACCACACCACCACAAUCCAAGACUAUGUCCUCCUUUCUCUCUACUGUUUUGCCAGCGGGCAGUUGCCAGUAGCCUUGAAACUUUUAUACCGGGCUCGCUACUUACUGCUACUUGUUACUGGAGAAGAUCACCCGUCCAUGGCAACAUUAGAUAGUAAUAUUGGGGUGGUUCUCCAGGCUGUUCUCGAAUGCGACUUGUCUCUCAGAUUUCUUGAAAAAGCCCUGGAAACCAACAAGAAAUAUUUUGGAAACAAAUCUCUGGAUGUUGCCCUCAGCCAUCAUUUAAUAGCAUUGGCACAUACAAGCAAAGCUGAGUUCAGAGCGGCCAUGCAGCAUGAAAAAGAAACCUACACCAUAUACAAAGCCUUGCUGGGGGAUUUUCAUGAGCACACAAAAGAAAGUUCGGCAUUCCUGAAACACGUUACACAACAAGCUGUGAAUCUGCAAAGAACCAUGAAUGAGAUCUACAAAAAUGGCUCUGUGACAACAUUACCACACGUGCAGAUUGUUUCUCCUGGAAUUGAUACGCUUUUGCAACAGCUGAAUAUUAUCAAUGGCAUAAUCAGAAUUAAUGUAAGCAAAAAUGAUACAAAUGAUAAUGAAAAGACAGAUGAGACACAAGAUAAUCAAAAGACAGACUUGGCUUCAGGGAGCCUAGAGCAGGAAGCUGCACCCCAAGAGGAACAGAAGGAACAAAUAGAUGAGCAGAAAGCAGGCACAAAGGAAAACCAGGGAAACCCUGAAGAACCGAAAGAACAAGAAGAGACCAGCUAACAUGUUCACGGCGUGACCAACUGUUGUCACCAGAAUUCCUGAACGAACUAAGGGACAACAGGUUGCUAUCCCUGUUCUACACAAUGGCCACUUGCCUGUACUGUAGACAUUGAGGUUCUGUACAUUGAGCCAAAUUGGCAAGCAUCAGUCUGUAAUGCAGAAGGCAGUCUGAUACACUGUAUAGAAUUCUGCAUUGCCAUAUUUAGCUAUGCCGCUAAAUGGGAACUGUGAACUACAAUAUUAGUACAUGGGACAAUUCUUUUUGAAGUGGGUUGCUUAAUUUUAUAUUCUUUUAAUAUAAGUUGUCUUUAUAAGGUGAGGCCUGCUAAAGGUAUUUUCUACAGCUUUUAGCUUUCAUAUAUUUUUGCUUUUGAGCGAGGUGUGAAAGUGUCAGUGCUGCUGUGUUUUGUGCCAUUGCAUUGCUUGUAUUUAACACAAUAUUUUAUGCCAUUGUUAAGUGUGUGAGGGAAAAUUAACUUUAAAAUUAUGUACUGCUUCAAAUGCACUUUUUCAUAACAGUAACUCAGGGUCAAAUGACUUGCUAAAACAACAGCUUGUAUUUAAUGUGAUAAAGCAAGGAUAGUAAGCCUGGUGCCUACUGUCUCUUCAGCUGCUGGGGACUGCUGGAGAUUAUAGAUGCAAAACAGAAGUAGGCUUGCAUAGGGCUAAUGAGAGCCAUUGAUAGUCUUGAUAAAUACCUAUCAAGACAAUAUAAACCUACCCAACAUUUUCUGCUUCUAGCAAAUCCCUUUAGCUAUACAUUGAAGCCAUAUAUAAGCCAUGAAACUGGAGAAUUUUGUAUGUACUCACCAAAUUCUAUUUGUCCUUAUAUAACUAACCAGCUAGUUACCACCAAAUUAAAUUUGUUCUUGUAUAAUAACUUACCAGCUAGUUACCAUAUAUGGUAUCUUAGGUAAUGGCUGUAGGCCAAUGGGUGGCCAGAUUUCACGCCAAAAAUUAAUUUUAUGGCCUUCAGUCUUCUCAAGGGUGCCAUACACUUUAUGAGAUAUCAUCAUUUUAAUAUAUAACCAGGCCCACAAACAUGUAGUAAGACAUAUAAUCAGCAAACAAUGCAAUGAAAGUUGAGCUUUACAUCAUAAAUCAUUGAAAUUGUUCUAUAUUUAGCUUUUUGUUCAAUUCUGCUGUUUUGGUUCUAGGCCUUACUUUGCCUCUACUGCGCAUGCAAAGAUUGCCUGAAAGUAAGCCAGCACUAGGGAUGCCCAAGGAAGGAAGUAAAUAAAAUGGUAAUAAGGUGUGUCACUGGUACUUUUUCCCCGUUUUUUUAAAGAGUCAGUGACCUGGGGGGAGAAAUAUAGUAAUUUAAUUCACUAAGGGAGUGCAUACAGUAUUGCUACUCCCCUGUGAAUCCAGCUUUCCUUUUAACAGAAAAUACCAUAUCUUGGUGUAAUACCAAUGUUUGCAUGUAUAUAGGAGGACAUUUGCUCAUCUCUGUGUACACCACUAAAUGGGAGUCUUCAGCCAUCAAAUUUUCCACUUAACCGGACUACUAUCUGGACAAUUUCAAUCAGAUAUUGAAUGCUAAAGAUUAUUGUUUUGGCCCCAUGCCUGGAACAAUUUGCUGUUUAAUCUAGUGGCCUGCCAGUGUAUGGAAACCACAGUAAAUGUGUCUAAUUAAGGAAGUCCUGGGCUGACACACAUGUGCCAGUGUUAUAAUGCAUUCCUGCUACAAAGCAGUUAGCCUAACCUGCCACAUCAGAAUUUAAUUCUGACCUUUGAUGCUGCAUAAGUUUAUAACUACCUAUAUCUAUGCAGUGCCUAACAGCAGCUCCAUCCCAGUACCCAGGGUUUGUGGUCCCAUGGCAUUUUCACUACUACUUCUUCAUGCUCAAAGUGCAGCAUCAAAAUGCAAUCAGCCACUUGUCAUUGCCAUCACACACUUCUUGCCUUAAAAUCAGGAAGCAAGAGUUUUUCAGAGACUGUUAUAUGAAAAUGGCCCAUGUCAGCAUUUCUUUGCUAUUUAUACCCUUUUUGUAAUAUUAUAGACAAAAUGCUUUUACUGCCUGGAGGCUGAUUUAUUAAGAAAGGUACAAAAUUGCACCAGUGCAAGAUCUUUGCCUUCAUUUUCUGAUUUAUAGUAUUUUGAAUAAAACAAAUUUCUGAUUGUGUGCAAAAAAGGCAACUUCACUGGCACAAUUUAUAAUCUGUCUGAAUAUAUCAGACCCCUGGGGCAGAUUUAUCAUUUCUAUUCAUUUCUAUGGGAUUUUUAGAAGCAUGUUCAAUUUUCACCCAUUGAUAAAUACACUAAAAAUCCCAUAGGAAUGAAAAAAAUCUGGGUAACUUUUAAUGUAUUAAGCUCUAAACUCACAUUUUGAUAAAUCUGCCCCCUAGUGUCCUCAUGGCGCACUUAAAGGGCGUGUAAAGUCUAUAUCACUGUGGGGUGGCAAAAUGUUAGGCAGCCCCCAGUAAAACAGAUUGCUGUUAGGCUGGUGCUCCUGUUAGUGGAGAACAGUACCGGCAUGUGGAAAAUACUCUCAUGGCACUGUGCUGACAUUAAGAUCUUCAUUCCUUUGGCAAUUUGUGAUAGUGCAUGUGCAGCAGAGUAAAUCUUGCUGGGUUUACUCUACUGCAAAUGUGCAAACAGGAAUUUGCCCAAGGGAUACCCUGGUGUGGUACUGAGAGUUUUUCACUGGCUGAUUCUCUUCCCCCAGCGAAAUAAGCUUUACAUGUCCUUUAAAAUUGUACAAAGAACCUUUGUUUUUGCAAUUACUUAUUCAAAGUGAUUACAGAGAGGUCAGGGAAUUGUUAUUGUGAGUUUCUUUUUUUUCUUGAUUGUUUUCUAUUUUCAUUUUUACUUUUUUUGAUACAGAAUGUUUUUGGGCUUUCUUGUAUAUGCUUUAAUAAAUCUAAUGAAUUUACA